AUCAAAGGGUUGGGGGGGGGUGAGUUCCCAUGGAGUCACAAAGCUAUGUUUAUCUGAUCUGAUCAGAAAACGCAGCAUGGUAACAAUAGGCCUUGAGUCAUCUCUGUGAUCCGAUUGGAUCAGAUGUAACGGAGCUGUGAGAAUGGUGCACAUUGUGAACAACACAUGGAUCGAGUUAGCGUUUCAUUGAUCGCAGGAUUUUGGCACGACUGUGGGAUUUGGAGAGGAACGUUCACAUCCGAUUUAUUCUGGAGUGGAAAAUAUGGAUGUUGGACAUAUGAACAUGGAAUAACCUACCGGUACUUACAUUCACUUUUCCAGGGACGAUCCCUAGACCCGGCUUGCAGCUGAGAGUCCAGGAAGAGGGGUGAGGUAGAGGACUGAUUGUGCCACACCACAGGGGACAAUGGAAGAAAGUUUGAGGAAAGGAAGUGAAGUGACGGAGACGCCCUCAUCCUGCGCCCUCUAUUAGGGGCGGGGCUUGGGACGUCGAAGCGGUUGCAGCGGAGCGAAUGUGAACACACUCGCAGAGGAUGAAUCAGAGAGAGAAGGAGGGGGAGAACAGUCUCGUCGCGUGGACACAUUUCCAUUUCACGCGUCCUUCCUCACAAUUAAGGAUCUGAUUAACAUUCAUUUGUGGGCAGAUUGCUGCCACUUUGCACUCCUUCAUUCUCACCAUCAUCUGCUUGUAUCCAGACGUCUGACAGACUCAUACACACCGGCUUGUCACCGAGGAAAGAGACGGGGGGAGAGAGGGGAGAAAAAAAAAUCCUAAUAAGAGAAGAAAAACAUAGAUUUGCAGGGGUCCAUCCGGACACACCUUGAGGAGGACUGCCCUGUCACCGCUUGGAUCAAUAUGGAUGAAGACAAUCAUGUUCCUGAGGAUCUCUCCCUGGAGGAGAAGGAUGAGCUGUGCAACAUCCGGCGUAGGAAAAGAGAACUGCUGGACGACAUUGAGAGGUUGAAGUUUGAAAUUGCCGAGGUCAUGACAGAAAUCGAGCAGCUGACGUGUGUUGGCGAGAGUAAAACCUCCCAGAGAAACAAACAGAUCGCAAUGGGCAGGAAGAACUUCAACAUGGACCCUAAAAAGGGAAUCCAGUUCUUACUUGAGAACGACCUCCUUCAGCACACUCCAGAAGACAUUGCGCAAUUCCUGUAUAAAGGAGAAGGUCUCAAUAAGACGGUCAUUGGAGACUACCUCGGCGAACGGGAUGACUUCAACAUUAAGGUGCUGCAGGCUUUUGUGGAGCUACACGAGUUUGCUGACCUCAACCUCGUCCAAGCGCUACGGCAAUUCCUGUGGAGUUUCCGUUUGCCAGGUGAAGCUCAGAAGAUCGAUCGCAUGAUGGAGGCCUUUGCUUCACGCUACUGCCAGUGCAACCCGGGGGUUUUCCAGUCUACAGAUACUUGCUACGUGCUGUCGUUUGCUAUCAUCAUGCUGAAUACCAGCCUGCAUAACCCCAACGUUAGAGACAAGCCCCCCGUGGAGCGUUUCAUCUCCAUGAACAGAGGGAUCAAUGAAGGCGGAGACUUGCCAGAGGAGCUUCUCAGGAACCUUUACGAGAGCAUAAAAAACGAGCCGUUUAAGAUCCCGGAGGAUGACGGGAAUGAUCUGACGCAUACCUUCUUCAACCCCGACAGAGAAGGCUGGCUCUUAAAGCUCGGCGGCAGGGUGAAGACGUGGAAGAGGAGGUGGUUCAUACUGACAGACAACUGCCUGUAUUACUUUGAAUACACAACCGAUAAAGAGCCCCGUGGGAUUAUCCCCUUGGAAAACCUGAGUAUCCGUGAAGUGGAUGAACCUAGGAAACCGAACUGCUUCGAGCUCUACAACCCUAACCACAAAGGGCAAGUCAUCAAGGCCUGCAAAACGGAAGCGGACGGACGCGUGGUGGAGGGCAACCACGUGGUUUACAGAAUCUCGGCCCCCACGCCAGAGGAGAAGGAGGAAUGGAUCAAAUCCAUCAAAGCCAGCAUCAGCAGAGAUCCUUUCUAUGAUAUGUUGGCCACCAGGAAGAGGAGGAUAGCCAAUAAGAAAUAACCAAAGGCAUCUUUCAACUUCUUUCCUUUGGAUCACUGCCACGUCCGAGUCCAGCAAAAUCAAACUUUCACUUGAGGAUCAGGAGUUGCACUAUGGGCAACAUUUUGGUGGGACACGUCUGCUAAGACUUUGACCCGUCUGUAAAGACGCCCUCUGGCGGAUAUUACGAGGAAUGACAUGUACUUCACUCAACUGAUGGGUACCAUUCUGGACAAUCUUGUCUUGAUGAAAGCCUCAAACAAAAUCAGCUGGUCUGAUUUGUAUAUGCAAAAUGCACUGACUUAUCUGUGGCUAUAGACAAACACAAAACCCCAACAGACUCGAAACUAUUAGGGAUAUUGGGUUUUUAGAUGCAAUUUCAGGAUGAACAUAAGAGGCAUUACAGUGCUGCCUUGAGUUACGAGUGACUCGAGCUUAAGGACAAUACAACAAAAUUCAAAUGUAUUUAUAAAGCGCAGUGGGUGAACACAUGAAUACCCCUUCCCGCCCAAGGACGCAUAAUGCUCGACUAUCGUUAUAAGAUUAUCAUUAAGUUUGAGGUGUAUUUAGAGCUUAAACAUUAAACAUGUUCAAUAAAUUGAAACCUAAAACAUUUUUUGUGUGUGGGGAGAGCCGACUACUUAUUGGUAAAUAUUAAAUAAUAUAUAGAGCGUAGCCAAUUGAAGCAGCGCCCUGACUGACGAACGAGGCGGUGAUAAAUAAAACAUGUGCUUCUUACUCAAUGUCGUUCUUUCUAUAAAACUAGACUCCCCAAAGAGCAAUUUACAGAGCAAAUUGUUUUUUGUCGACGAUACCAUAUAACAACGCUCCUCCACAAAAUAUUUACGAACAUUCGGCAAGUAUCGGUACCGGAAGUACCUGCCCGCUUCUCUUCGCGCUUGUGAUGUCAAGCGUGAUCACGCGAGAAGUCCGCCUUGUGUGACGUCCAUAUUACACUGCCUCCUAGCGGCCCAGGUAUACACAACACAAGGAUCACAAUUAAUAGCAUUUCCAUUCAUUUUAAUUCAAACUUGAUUUAAAUGCAUUUUAGUUUCAUCCUAAAAUCCUACCGAAAAGCAAAAUAGCUAAAAAAUGUUUGGGGAGUAGUGUAUUUGUGAAAUAUGUGUUCCCGUUCUUGGAAUAUUAGUUAGCAUACUGGGAAUAAUUUGCACUUUUGUAUUAUUUGGUGUCUUUAGAGUAGCAACACAAAUUUGAUGAUCCACCUUUGUAAUUUUUUUUGUAAUUUAUUUCCUUAAUUUUUAACAAAAUCAAUUUACAAUCUGCAUGUAUAUGAUGUACAUUGUUUUUGUUUUUAUGUACUGUAUUUUCCAAGUGAUUGAGUGACCAUUAUUUAGUUCAGCACUUUACAAUCAUGGAAAAGUGUUUGAAUGACAUUAGCAAGAGGAUGGUGGGGGUGUAAAAAACAAUAUACAGUAUAGGAUGUUGGGAAAAAAACAUCUAGUAUGAUCACUGAGCAGUUCUUUGGUUAUUUCAUAAGCCAUUUUUAGUUUUUUUUUUUUUAAUGACUAGACCCUUCAACAGGUUAUUAUUAUUCAUUUAAGUGCUUCUUUACUGUAUGGUGUACACAGAUAUGACAAUCUAUUUUGUGAAAAAUACAAAAACGUUUUCUAAUCGCCCCUCAAAUAUUUAGAACACUUUUCCAGCUAUUCCAGUGCAGUUUUCCACACACAAAAACAACAGUACAAUUUCUGACAUUAACAAAAUGUAUUUUAAGGCAUUUACCUUGUACAAUGUAUAAAUGCUGACAUGCUAAAUUAAAGGAAUAAUACAAGUUUUCAA